ACGCAGUCCGUCCAUUGCCCACUCCCUGUUUUAAUAUCGCAAGUUUAAGAUAGCAAAUCGAAAUAUAACGUAAAAUCUCGACCAUGGCAAAUAAGAUUAAGGUGGGAAUAAUAUGUGGCUCAGGUUUGGGUGAGACCCUGAGCAAAACGUUCAAUUGUAGCAGCACCACGAGUCGCGAGAAUGCAAAGAAUGAUUUUGGAUAUCCAUCCAGUAAUCUUUACCACGGAUGCAUUGAUGGAAUAAACAUAGUGCUGCUGGCCCGACAUGGCGCAGGGCACAUAUUUAGCCCUACUGGAGUUAAUUAUCGUGCUAAUAUAGAAGCAUUGCGGUGUGCUGGAUGCACCCACAUAUUGGCGUCCACCGCAUGUGGAUCGUUGACAGAGUCUAUCGGUAGGGGACAGUUGGUUGUGCCUGAUAGCUUCAUAGAUAGAACCAAUUCCAGAAAAGGUACAUUCUACGACGGUUCAUCUGCCAAGUACAGCGGGGUAUGCCAUAUGCCAAUGCAGCCUGCAUUUGAUCCGCGUACGUCGGAGAUCUUGUUGCAAGCAGCAAAAAAGUUAGGAUACAACGUAAGAAAGGGUGGAACGGUAAUAACUAUCGAAGGACCGCGCUUUUCCUCUAAAGCAGAGAGUAAUGCUUUGCGUCUGUGGGGUGGACAUUUGGUCAACAUGACUAUAUGCCCAGAGGUGUUUCUAGCGAAAGAAGCCGGUCUUUUGUAUGCAGCUGUAGCAAUGGCGACUGAUUACGAUUGUUGGAGGGAAAGCGAAGAUCAUGUUCAUGCAGCCGACGUAUUAGUUGUGUUCAGGCAAAAUGUUGAUAAGAUAACGAAUGUGUUACUAGAGGCAGUGAAAAUUAUUGGCUGUGGAGAUUGGGAGCAGGAUAUUCUUAAAUUAAAGGAGUUAAUUGAGAGCAGCAAUGUGACUGCAAAGAAAUAAAGCUUCUACUUUCAGAGUGGAAUGAAGAAACUAUGCCUAUAUAUAGAAUUAUAAAAACAAUGUCAAAACUGUGUAUAUAAGAUAUAUAGAAUUUCACAAGUUUUAUGAAAUUUCCACACAUUCCACAAAUGGAAAUUUUGAUGUCAUUUAUAUACAGGGUCUCCCAUUUUAACUUGGACAGUAAAAUAUCUCAAAAACUAAGCCCAACAAACUUUCAGACGAAAGUUGUUUAGCUUCGAGAGGAACAUAAGAUGAUGUCAUUAAUUUGGCCUUGAAUAGUUGCUUGAAGGUCAAGUGAAGGUCACUUUCAAUUUUUUUAAUGGAACCCCCUAUUGUU